AUGGCGUUCAGCUCUCCACCCGGCGCUUUCCCCGGCUCACCAUACCAGACGUACCCCGCUCAGACCUGCAUGGGAGAACAGUACUACCAGGGGGCACCAGGGGCCCACGGUGCCUACGGGGCCCAUGGGGCUCACGGGCCUCACGGACCCUGCAUGACCCAGCCUGGAUACCAGAGCUGCGACCCCCACCACCAGGGGGUCCACGGGGAACCCCCCAAACAAACAGUGUACCUGGUGGAGCGCGAGCCGGAGCCGGACCCGGCUGGAGACUGUAUGACCGCCUGCAUGUCGGCUCUGUGCUGCUGCUGGAUCCUCGAGAUGAUGAGCGACCACUGCUGUUAA